AUGCUGGCUUCUAUUCUUGACCUUCCAACGGAACUGAUCGUGGAGAUCAUCCAUUCAGACAAUUCCACAGAUGCUACUACUCUCGCCUGCUUGGGAAUGACCUGUCGCCGUCUCCAUGACAUAUGUCAGGUUUUUGUCUUGGAGCGCCGACUUCCCUUACUGCGCGCGUUGGCGGGCACAGGUUGCCUUCGCAUCUACAAGGACUCUGGUUCAGUCGCAAUGAAAAGGGAAGAAUUAGACGACGUCAAGGAGAUAUUUCAAGCUUCAUUUCACAAAAUUGAAUACGCCCCUGUAACCAAGUUGGCCAGUGAGGAAAUUGCAAGCAUCCACGGGCUUAUUUUUCACGCCAACGCUGUCGGUCAUAUUGCCCUCCAUUUCGACUUCCUGCCAAUCAUACAGUCCAGCCACUGGCACUUGAAAGAUUGGUACAAACCGCUGGCUUCGUUGGUCGGGACUUCCUCGGAAAAGAUGGCACUGGCAAGCUUGACUAUCACGGGUUCACCACAACCCCCACCACAACCCCCAUUCAAGCCUUUCACCCCCAUUCCCGAGACGCAAAAAAGUGAAAUUUCCAUUUUUGGCAGACUCAAGAACCACUUUUUUGGUGGUACUGGUAUUCAGCCCAAUCGCCAGACUGGCGCACCGGAAAUGGAGAACCCCAACACAGGCAUAUAUUUCGGUGCACUCCGAGAACUCAAAAGUUUUGAGAUAGACUCUCCCCUCCCUUUCCAUGAUACAUGCUUUCCACAUACCUUACGAGUUCUAAAUGGCGGAUACCUUACCAAAUUAUCUUUAGGGCACUCAAGCCUCCGUAUCUCAGAUUGGUCCAACAUAUUGCCCCUACUUUCCAUGUCUCUCCUAUCCGAAUUUAAGCUUCGGAAUUCCAAGAUCGAUUUCCGCGACCUUUCAGCAUUCUUGCUGCGUCAUUCAAGCAUAAUCCACCUCGACUUAUCCGACAAUAUUCCAACUUCAGAACCAAUCAUGCCCCCGAAGGGCUUUCUUCCUCGCCUUGAAGUGAUCAGCGGAGACCCCGAUUACCUUUCAGGAUUCCUUUCCCGCCAAGGAGACUUAUUCCCACAUCUACGCUCCGUCGCAUUGAUGCCGUAUCUGGGGCUCAGAACCAUCCAGUACGGAGCUCUGAAAAAUAUCUUUCGAAACUUGGCAGAUCGUAAGAGAGGGACAAUCCACCUCUCCAUCGAAUUUUCGGCACAGAUUGGUCUUACCCAAUGGUUUUACAUGGCCAGAUCAAAACCAUGUUCUUUGGAUUGCGUGAAAACAUUGGAGAUUAUCAGGUUUGGAAUACCCAUUUCCUCAGAGGUGUGCGACAGCUUUUUUUAUUGGGUAUCGGACAUGUUUCCGUGCGUUCAAAAGCUGGAUUUGAGGCGGAUUGUUCUCCCAGACCCGAACAUAUGGACCUGGAGAGUGGAUGCAUUGUGGGACUCGUGUCCGGAGUUGCAGUCGAUCAUUGUAGGGGUGGAAACCUACCAGCGGCCUGUGAAGUAAUAUUUCUGUUCCUCUUCUGCUCCGAAUCAUGGACGUUAACACUUCUGUCUUUUUUUCUUGCUACCUGGGUGUUGACGCUAUCUUCACCUCUAAUAAAAUCAAGAACCAGUACUGCACAACUGUACUCUGGUAGUUAAAUAUGUAGUACUAGC